CACUCCUGCGGUAAAAGACAACCGAUACUGACUAACUCUUACGAACUCACAGGGAAUGCAUUGAAGGAAUUAUCCUGCCCGAAUUUUUCGUGACCCAAAGAAAUUAUCUUCAAGACUCGAGUACAGUGGCAGUUACGCAGUUCAUUCACCGUUGCUAAACUGCUUUUCUUCAUUUAUACGACGACAUCCAUACUUAAUCUGAGCGCCCACUUUUUACAGACGCGGUGAGUUCAAGGUUAGUGCUCGUCGCACGCAUUGUUUCGCUUUUUGUCUGCAUGAAUACUACUUUUCCUCUUUGAAAAUGUUGUCGUUUUUUCCUCCAAUCCUGCCAAGUAUGUAAGUAAUCAGCGACUUUGGUAAAUAUAACCAGGUUACAAUAUUUCUUUCUAGGUUUGGAUUGUCAAUAGCCAUGCAACAAACAAGUCGCUAUGACAGAGCGGCCAGCUUAUCAACCUCUAAAUUCACAAGUGGGAUAAUGAACUGCUGGAUAAGGCUUUGAGUCAUGCGCUCAUCUGAGUGAUAUAUUCUUUUUUUGGGCCGCGACUACCGACCUAGCUAACCAUAAAUCUUUCCACAACGUUCGGGUGAUUUAAAGUUUAGGGGAAAAGCGUGUAGCAGUGUAGACAGAACAGAAAAACCAAGGUCAUCUUCUAUUUUAUUGGAUAAAGUUCAGACUUGCCUUUUGAGAGUUGUUUAGACUGCCUUUUUAGCAGAAUGGAAGAUUCCAAGCCGGAGAUACAUUCCGCAAGUCGGGCACAUGAUCGAGAAACCCAAACAUCUUUUGAUAUGAGCCACAUACCAUCACAUGGGACCUCUUCUAAUGACGGCAGGAGAGCCCAUGGUUACCACCCUUACAACCACAGGCAUGGUCAGCAAUUGCAGUGGAGUGCAAACCAUGUUUUUCAUUCAUCAGGGUAUCCUGACUACUACCCUUAUGAACUGCGCUAUACGCCUCAUCACCACCCUCCCCCUGCUAUCCCUGGUCCCCCACCUCAUGGAAACCACUACUACCCUGGACGGGUGCCGCACUGGCAUAACUCCCCAAGCCCUGUGUUGCCAUCUCAUAUAUCCCCAGUGCCACAUCCGCAUUCUUCUUAUCACCAUUAUCCAUAUCAUCCCUCAGAUGGAUUUUAUGCACAUCCUCCACCGCUGCAAGGAGUUGCCCCUCCUAUGCCCAUUUCGCGGGAAAGGAGACACACAGAUUCGGAAAUUGCACGUCCCAAAGCAGAAUGGCCACCUGGUUAUCAGCCAUUUGUAAAACCAAUCAUACCAUCAGAUUACUUGGCCUUUAUCCAUCGGAACCCAGGAUCAGAUUGUGGAGGACCACCAUCCACUGCAACGUCGUCACUAAGAUCAACAGUUAUUGACCUUCCACAUUCCAGUUUUCAGAGCCCACGGCCAUCAGCAAGAAUGACUAGAAAACGACCACUAUCUAGUACAGCCUCAUCUGUGGAGUCCAUUGACUUAAAUGCAUUAAUAAGGGGCUCACCUGAUUCACUUUCAGGGUACCUAGGGCCAACCAGAGUGUCUUCAGCAGGUUCCUUUGGCCAUUUGAGCCCUAUAGCAUUUUGCACCUCCCCUGGCUCACGACAAGCUCGCUAUCCCAUUGCUAGAAAUGUGCUGAUUACGACUCCACCAAUUGCUCCACCUCGAAUACCUUCACCAUCUUCCAUGCAAGAUGCCCUCCCUAGUUCGACGACCGGUGCAGAGGGGACAAAGGAGGAGACUCAGGAGAACACAAGUUGUGCAGAGUCUCCCAAAAUGACCAACAAUAAAGAACCAGAAAGUGCCAGUUGCAAAGAGGAGAGCAUGGACAUUUGUCCCUUAGACUCCACAACAUCCCCUGGCACUUCAGAAGUGAAGGUAGGAGCAUAGUUAUUGCUAGAAAUAUAUGCUGCCUUCUAAUUAGUACUUGUGCUAUUAAUUUUGUUUACAAAUACUGACAGGAUCUGUGUCAGUUAAGGGGAGCCUCCUAGGAAUUGAAUGGUGGGAGUCAUGUUUGCUAAGAAGAGGGUGGAUUAAGGGGUGGUUCUUAAGGGGCGUGCAGCCCCCUUCCCCCCUUUCCUGCAGAAUUUUGUAUUAUUUCUGGAGAAUAGUGACGAACAUAUAUAUCCAAUAACUGGCAAGUGUUUCUUCCCUUUCUGAAUUUUCUGUAUCUGCCUCUGAUGUUCCCUUGUUACCUAAAACAAGUUGCUUUUUUGUUUCUUAGAAAUGGUUCUUCGGACAAGUUCCCUUAAAUCAACAGUCUCCCAUUCCUGCAAAUCUCAAAAGUUAGGAGGAAGUGUUUAUUUCCAUGUUUCCACAAAACCCAUGGAAGAUCCCCUGAAUUGCAGCAUCUUGCUUUGUUCAACAGGGUAUUUCUGUCAGAAAAUCGAUGCAGUACCAUUUCAAAUAUGAAUGCCACUGUUUUUACCAAAACAACUUCGCAAUUUGCAUUACAGACUUGACAGUAUAUAAUUAUUUGAAAGCAUUCAAUAAUUUUUUCAGGCACAGUAACUAUCUAUCCAGCAAUAAACACAUAUCGAGGUAUAACUGGUAAUGCCAUUUUAAUGUUUUGGUGACUUGCCUUGCUUAGAUUAUUGUGAGUGGAGUGAAAGUGACAGCUGGAAAUAUUAUAUCUUUGUGUCAGUAAAGAAUAGCUUGUUGCAUUUCAAAAAUGUUAAAAGAUUUAAAUUUAGCUUGGGGGUCAUUUAAAAAGUAAUAAGCAAGUGUGUUCUAUUAUUUCAACUUUUUUCAGUACUAUAACAUAUGUUGAUUGUUUCUUUCGUAGCUUAUCAUGUGUUUAAAAUUUAUACCCUAAAACCACUUUUUGGAGUUACCUUGAAAGCUUAAAGGAAACUGAAAAGUUAUUUUAAGUUACAUGUUUCGGUCAUUAUGAAGCCCCCUGAACAAAAAUAGAAUUAAUAAAAUAUUUUGUCUGAGACAAAAUUAUGAUUCAUAACUCUAGGCUAUCAAUGUCUAGGCAGAUGACUUGUUAAGGUUAUCAAAGUGAAUGUUUUCAGUAUGCAGAUGGGUGCAAAAAAAUAGCUGGAUGUUUAUUUUUUCCAACCUAGCCAAAAGCCCUAUACAAUACAGCUGUAGUGAUAUAGUGACAUGCAGAAUUUAAUUUCUAAUCUUCUUAGAACAGGACCGUUUUAAAAAUAGAACAUCAAAAGGGGAGAGAGUUAAACAGAUAUGGAAGUGUAAGAUAAAAUGUGUUCAUGAACAAGCUAUAUUUUGUUGUCCGUGACAUAAGAAAUGAAUUAAAUACUGUGUGUAGAAAAUGCCUUUCGAAAAUUAAUAAAAGCCAGAGAGUUAAUUCUCAUUUGGCCACUUUCCCGUAUGGAGGCCUUAUAUUUUAUGAACAGACACACACUGCACGUACCCUUAUUAUUCUUACAGGGAUAGAGCAAGUUAGUUCUAGAGUACUGUAACAGCUCAUGUGUUUACUGAGAGAUCUGGAUUAUACAUUUGAGAACAUUCCAAGCAUUGUUGAAACAAUUGUGGGCAAACUCUCAUGAACAUCAUCAUCCUUCUGGUUACCUUUUGAAACCCACUGUAAUUCAAAUGGCAUCCGGUGUAGUUAAACAGAGAUUUUAAAUUUUUAAAGUAAUCAGUUAUUAGUGGAUUGGGUAAUUUUAAUUAGCAAUACAGUUUUCUAUUGAUGAACGUGCUGUUUAUAUAGACAAAGCAAUUUAAAUCUCUCUGCUAUUUUUCCUGUGUUUUAUUUACCAAACAUUUGGAGAUUAGCACACCUUUGCUGCACUCCCAAAAGACCAAAAGAGCAAACAAAUAGUACUUAUAACUGUGGUAAUUGAAAAUGGAUUAAAAACAAAGGAUAAUCUAGGAAGUGAUGUACAGGAAAGACAUGUCAACAGAGACACUGGCGUCAGACUGAGUUUCACUGAGGCUAUAAUGUUUCACUGCCUCUUGAAUACUUCUUUUAAAAUUCUUUAAGUUCUAGGAGGGGUAGCCUAUUGCUCCUUGACCCAUCAUCAGCAUCCAAUUUCUCCUUGUAAUAUCAACGCUUUGUAAACAGAGUGGUCACGAGAAUUAAGGACAUGAUCACACAACAUACUGUACCGGUGUAAUGAGUUGAUACUUCAAUAACUUCACCCCACCACUAAUCCAUAGAAACCCUAUAGGGGUACCAAGAGAAUUUCCAUUUUCAUAUUUAGGCGUUGAAGGGUUAAAUUAUUCUUACUGUAGUGCCCUGCUGAUGGCUUUUCUUAAUUACCUCAGUUCGUGGUUUGAGACACAGCAGUUAAGCAUUUUUGUUUUUGUUGCCUAAACAAUGACAUUCCUGGGUGGGGGAAGCUUAUUUAUGAUUUUUAGUUUGGGUGGGUAGGUGUGUGCAAAUGUGGCCCUGCUAAAACCCUUAGCCUACACCAUGCAAAUUUGGCUGCAUUUUUGCAUAACCCUUUUCCAAAGUGAGUGUCAUGAUAAUUUUUUCUUAUCUUUAUACCACUGAUCUAUUGCAGACUAUUUCUUUGAAAACCCCACCCUUAACAGCUCACAUACCCAUAUAGCUUAUAGAUAUCCCUCCAGCACACUGGCUUAUAAUGAGGGAUUACUAAUGUAGUUAAUAAAGGCAUUGUUAACUUUAUAGCCAUGUGGCCAUCAGUCCAAUCUGAUUAUCUACUGUAGAUAAAGAAUGUCCCAUGCUAAUAAUAGUCUUUUUUUGAUAAGCUGCUAUAGACAAUGAAUCCUCCACAGAUUAAAAAAAUUAAUGUGACAUACAUUGUGUUGUAAGUAAAAUUAAAGGUCAUUAAUCAGUGCCAGAUCCCAUCCAGACCUUGAGAUAAAGGGGGGGGGGGGAAGUCAUCCAGACCCUUAGAAAAUUGGGGGGGUCUCCAAAGAAAUUUCAGUUUGGUCUAAAGAUAAGGGGGGCCCUCGCCUGGAUCCACCACUGUUAAUAACAGAUGUUUGUAGUUUAAACUCUGUGCAUUAAUCCUUAGAGAAUUUAAGUACUGUUGUCAAAUGAGAGAAUUUUGCUAAAAGAUCAAAUUAAAGUAUUUUGUUUUUCAGAAUAAUUUAUUUUCUCAUAACCUUUUCUCUUGGUUAUGGAUUGAUAUUGUUAGGAGACCAUUGACGUUGGUCACUCUGAGGACCUAAAGGGUUUUAAAUUUAUUGAAUAAACAGUGAAAAAUCAUAAAUAAAAUAGAAAAGGAGCAAAGGUUUACAGAACUUGAAUUUGUACAUUUUACAGCAGGAAGGCUCAGACAAUGAGGCAGAUGAUAACCCCCCUGAGCAGGAAGAACAAGACCUCGUUUGUCACUGGAAAGAGUGCUGUAAUCAGUGUGAAACACAAGAUGAGCUUGUUCGACAUGUCAACAAUGAUCACAUCAAGAAGGAUCGCAAGGACUUUACCUGUUACUGGGAGGGCUGUACAAGGGAAAGGAAACCCUUCAAAGCCCAGUACAUGCUGGUUGUACAUAUGCGAAGGCACACUGGCGAAAAACCACAUAAAUGCAAUGUAAGCUACAUUAUAAUUAUAAUCAAAUAGAGAAAGACAGCUUAUGUUAACCAAAGAAAGUUUCAAAGUUAGUGAACAAUACUCAUAAUAGACUAUCUUGCAGGUGUCUUGAAAACAAAGACCCCCAAGACCACUAAGACCCCUUAAGACCUCCACCGAAUGAUUCUGAACUUUAUCGAUUAGGGUUAGGAAACUGAGUGAAUCAGGUUCCAUUUAAGUCAUCAUACUGGGCAAACAGAGUCACCCAAAAUUUGAUUAACCCAGUUUCCUAACCCUAAUCAAUGAAAGUUCAGAGUCAUUCGGUGGGGGUCUUUAAGGGGUCUUUGUUUUCAAGACACUCCUAUCCUGUCUGCAGUUGUGGGCUUAGUACCCUGGCCUUUGAGUGAAUGAGAGGCUGAGGUUGACCUUAUUUUGAUACAAACCUCCUUUAUUUGUUUUCUUAAUAUGGAAAUUAUGCUUGAAAAUUAAAGUACUAGUUAGCAUAAGGACAACUUCAUUUAUAUGAGAAUUUGCGAGUUUUCCAUACAAAUGGUAAGCGCUCAAGGUCGACCCCAGGCUUGUUUCCCUCUAUUCAAUUUACUAUAACUGUAAAAUAGGCUAUUAACAUAAUUUCUUGGCAUUUUAAGUAUGCUUGCAUGGUGAUUAGGGCUAAAUAUGUUACUUGUUAACUUUUAUCAUUUUAGAUGUUCUUAUGUCAGUUUGAAUUGUAGGGGUGGCAAAUGGUACCUCGAAAAACGUGGGUCUCGGAAAAUUUUGGCAGGAUCUCGAAAUCUCGGCAGCGUUUUUGAUAAGUCUCAAAGUCUCGUUUUUUCAUGGUUUGCUUUUACUUUUUUUGAGUCUCGAAACUUUUUCACCAAAGAGUCUCGGGCUCGGAUUUCUAACUAGGAUCUCGGUGUCUCGGCGAGUCUCGGAUUUUACCAUUCGCCACUCCUAAUUGUUUAUUUUGUGACUUGAAAGCCAUGACAUGUUGACAUGGUAACAUUGCAUUAUAAACUUGUUUUGCCAACUUUUUUUCUUGAUAUGUAUCUUCAUUUAAUCUGAAUCAAUUAAUAUAAUUUUCAUUUCUUAUUUGAUUUUAGACUGUUCACAGUCCCCUAUUUUUCUGUAAGAUUGUUGAGAGCACUUAGCUUAAAGGGGUGCCAUCUUGGUUUGGAAUGUACCAAGGAGCCAGGGGUCUGGGUUAAAUGGUGUUGGGGAGAGGGAGGUGAGAAAAACAGAGGAACUGUCAUCUCCUCCUAAACUAUCCCUUACCCCCUAAGUAGAUUUGAUACUCAUUCCCGAGAAGGGUAGGUGCUCUAUCCCAACGGGCUAUGAACUGUCUAAUAAUGAUAAAUCAUCUACCUUUAUAGUACGAGGGAUGCUCAAAAGCCUACUCACGACUUGAGAACCUCAAGACUCAUCUCCGGUCUCACACAGGAGAACGUCCUUAUGUGUGUGAAGUGGAAGGCUGCAAUAAAGCGUUCUCCAAUGCAUCUGACAGAGCUAAGCACCAAAACCGGACCCACUCCUCAGUGGUGAGUGCUAAUAAUAGUUUUGCCCCUCACGUAUCUUUUGUUGGACAAUUCAAAGGGGUUAUGUCACACUUAGUCUUAGCAUCAAAUUGUUAAAAUCCAAAAAUAUAGGUCCAUUUUUGUUUUUUAAGGGCACUUUCCAUUUGUCAGAACUGACGGGCCAGACUCUUCCCUUCGUAAUGAGACUUUCACUAUUAAUCAAAACUAUCCAGCUAGAUCAGUCAAAUCCUAAAUAGUGUGCAGGAAGGAGAUGGUUCUCAGGGGCAGAUCUAGGGGGAGGGUGCAGGGGGUGCGCACCCCUCCCUGAGAUGACCUGCGGUUUUCUCAUACAACUGGUAUUCUGCAAAAAAAAAAGAACUAUGUGGUUUAUUGGUGUUGAAGUAGAGCAAGAGACGAGUGCACCCCCUCCUAAAAAAAAUCCUGCAUCCGCCCCUGGUUCUUCAGCAAAAACCCUUGGAAAAAUGCCGAUUUCAUUGUCAAAAUAACCGGUCCGGUAAUGGUCUGGCUGGCUAGUUCUGACAAAUGGCAAGUGCCCUAAGACUAUAUUUAGGCAUUAUUGAAACCAUUUCCCAUUUACUGUUGCAAGGGAUGACAACAAAGGACAUGGAUUGAAACUUGAUCAAAGGUUAGGCCAUUGUUUUCAAGUUUCAAUGCUAUGUCACCAAAUUUGUUUGAUAUCUUUGUAACUUUACAGGAGCAUUUUGGGUGUGGGUAAAACAAGGAACUGAGCAAAGAUACACAAGCACAGAAAUGACCUUUAAAGCAGCAAUUUCCUCAUGACAUAGCCCCUUUAAAAUGCCAAGCUGCAGUAAUGUGGUUCAUGUACACUAUUGUAAUAUAAUUAGUACGUGUAAUCAAAUGGUGACGAGUGAAAUUAGGGAAUAAUUUCACGAGUAUACUAUUUGAUUACCUAUUAAUAUCAUGGGUGACGAAUUACCUUAGCAAUCGAGGAUUUUUCUAGUGACUUGUUUAUCCUGGAUCGUAUCGAUCGGUCGUGAACUCCACUCUCUCAAACGUUUAGAGCUGAAAUUUGGCUCAAGUUUUCAGAAUUUUUCGACAACAUACCUCUAAGAAUCCUUGUUGUUGUGCUCUUUCGUGUGUUCAGGUUUUCUAAAGCGUCUUUUCAUGCCCUGACAUCUUCAUUCAUGACAUUUUAAAACGUCGUCGCCAUCUUGACACGGAGACGUACGGCAGGUUGCCAUGGCAAUUUAGUAAUUUCACAUGUGAAAUUACAAAUUAACGCUGAAAUUUCGUGCCAAAAUUAAGGAGUAAUUCGUCACGUAUGAUAUUAUUAUAAUAAUUUCAUACGCAAUUUCAUUAGCAGUAUAGUGCUGUGGUAUACCUUAUUACUUCAACUAGACAAAGGCCUGGUUGUUCAAAGUAGGAUUAGCAUGAAAUUUUAACUAGGAAUAUUAAAUUAGAAAAUUUUUGUUGAUUUUUUUGAAGUGAAGUUACUUUCUAAAGGGAAGCCAGCAACUCAAGAAUUCUAAAAGAUUAUUAUUUGGCAUAAUUUGCAGUUUCCACAACAUAGAACUAUGGGGAGGGGAAGGCACAGGUACUUUGGCAAUAAAAUGGAUGUUUCUUGCCCACUUACUUUCUGGCAAACAAAGUUGAAAUCAUUGGGAAAAUGUUCUGCAGUAUAUGUUUCCUUAUGCCAAGAAAAGCCACUGAAGUGAAAGGCUUAAUUUUGUCCAAAACGUCUUAAGUGUCCUUAAGUUCGGAAGAAAGACAACUUCUAAAAACGUUAAAACCUUUCUUUUAGAAACCCUAUGUCUGUAAAGUACCAGGCUGUCCGAAACGUUACACUGAUCCCAGCUCUCUGAGAAAACACACCAAGACAGUCCAUGGAGAACAGGCCAUCAAAAGGGUAUGUCAAUUUUGAGCAAAUUUUGACUUCAUUUAAUGUUUUACAAUGUUUUUCUUUAUUAAAUUUUGUGAUCAAUAGCAGUUGUUUUAUUAACCUAUUUUUGGUGUUGCAGUCAGCUGAUAAUAAUAUUGAUUUUGUGUUGUUUUUAUCUUGUUAGAAACUUUUAAAAGUAAGGGGGUGGCCUUGGAUGAACUUUAAGGCCUGGUUGUUCGACGUAUGAAUCAAUUAGGAACGGUACUUUUGUAUUUGGGUCAACUCUGCCAUUCCAUUCGACUGAGCUUGUCGAAUAGAACGGCAAAAGAUCGACGUUGAUUCAUACAUCGAACUUCAUGUGUACCACAUGGGAGUAUUAAGGUUGAUUUUUAUCACAAGAUGUAGCUACACAUGUAACAGCAGCAGUGGCUAUCAAAUUCCUUCAUCGUAACAGAAAAUAACCUUUUAUAUUACGUUAACUUUAUAAUUUAAUAUCAUGGUGUUUAUAAUUUAAAAAUAGUUGUAACGUAAACAUUUUUGUGUUAUUGUAUCAAGUAACCAGUUAGUCUUAUGUGGGGGCUCUUCUUUUAGGCUUGGCUAAAUUUACCUUUUAUUUCUCUCACAAAUUAACCAUCAAAAUUCAGAUGCUAGCCUUAGAGUACUGAGCCCCCUUUUAAAUAAACGUCAUUACGGUGGCUCAUACACAAUAAGUGUCGUGCACAGGAUGCAGCUGAAGGCAACAGCUGCUAAAACUUUCUUCAGCUGUUAUAGAAUGUGCGGGUUAGAUUUGCUUGAUUGUCUGACUUACAACAACAUUAUAAUUUUAAUUUUAAACACAGCUUAAGGCAGAAGGAGGCAGAGAAAAGCCUUCUUCAAAUCCUGACAAGAAAGGGAGUGUGCCUCCUGACAAAGGACAAGGCCCCACCAUGGCCACUGUUACACAGAGUGCCCAAUCACCAUCCAGUGCUACAACCGAUCAGCCUCAAGAACCUUUGUCCCCAGGCAGAGAUGGAUCCAGUGUGGUUGGCAGUGUUUAUCAAGGUGGAACUUGCUCUCAGACACUUGUAGGUAGCAGUUUUGAUGGGGACACAGUUUCAUCCAGUUGUGAUAGAAUUCCAGGAGGUCUGGAUAUUCCUUCAAGCCAAGGCAGUCCAAGAAGUGCUACUGGUCAGUCUACAAUAGGCUUAUCGCCAAGGAGUCCUCCAUUUGUGAGCCAACUUCCUGACAUUCUGGAAGGAGAAUGGGAGUCAAAUGAUGGUGGUGCAGCAACAGUGCAGUCGGUUGAUAUCAGACCACCACACCAGGGAGUCACUCUUCCAAAGCUUGAUGUUCACAAAAGGGAUGUGGCAUCAUGGGUGAACGACGUUCACCGCAGGAUGAGUCAGUCAUCACGCAGAUCUAGUGAAGGAAGUCACUUAUCAGUGGAAUUGAAUGGUGACUCCAGCAGGAGAUCUAGCCAAGAAAGUGGUUGGUCCUCUUAUGGGAGUCGCAGGUCCAGCCGCGCAAGCCCCUUUCCAAGCACCAGUAUUCAACCCCAAGAGGUUAUUCCUCAUUAUCCCAAUGGAGCUGUUCUUCCAUUGCCUCUACAGUGCAGGCCACCACACUUGAACUCACUAGACACCAGUGAUGAUGUCCUCCGACGAACUAGUGAGACUAGUACAUGUAGUAACCAAAGUGCUCCAUACAACAGGUUAAGCCGUAACAGCAGUGGUUAUGGAAGUCAGUCAAAUCUGGCAGUUAUAAGAAGCCCUAUGUUUCACAAAAUCCCACCUCCAUCUAGUUUGCUACCACAGCGAACUGUGUGUGCUGAUGCUGCAAGUAGGAGAAAAAGUGACACUGUCAUUUGUGAGGCUGAUAGCUCUGGAAGUUAUCUCCAAAAUGGUGGCAAAGGUGAGGUACGCCGUAGCAGUGAGCCUAUUAGACAAGCAAGGGCAGCCCUGACUCGAAUUGAACCUCCAACUGGUGCUAGUAACAGGGUAGCAGCAGUACCAAAUGUGAGUGAAACUGGACUGAUGUGUGGUGACUUGGAUCCACAAGAAUUUGAUGCCUAUUUAAAUCCUCGAGAGGAGGGGCAGGUUGAAUCAACUGUGCCAUACCCACUUCCACAACAGACACAAAGACUGUGUCACUUUCCGUAUCCUGAAGGACAUGCCACCCAGCCUCCACUGCCACACCCCCCUACAUCACAGACUACAAUCCAUCAUCGACCAGAGCCGUUUACCCCACAUCAACCAAAUCCCUCAAACCAUGGGCAUCAAGGCAAGUUUGCGCCGUCAGAUGCCAAUGGCGCUCCGGCCCCAAGGAUUCCCCAGAGAGGGUACUGGCCUCUUCCUAGGUACAGAUCUGGAGGACAGCAGCAAGCUCCCAUGAUGCAGAAUGGCCUCAACCACACACCAUCAGAAAGCGGCACUAGCCACAUCCCAGUGGAACAUUCAGGAGAGAAAAGCCAGUAUGACAUGAUGAAUUAUGAAGAUGCAAUGGUUGCAGGGCUGGGUUUAUUAUCAACUGAAAAUGGCGGGGUGUCAGAAUUUGUUGGAAAUAACAACAUGGUGGUGAAUGACAUGAACACUUUGUUGAACUCUCUCCACGAGGAAGAAAGGUACCUUGAGUUAUGUCAAUCAAGAGGCGUCACAGGAAGUGCUAUGUCUAUUUUCUAAGUUACAAUAAUAAUUAUUUGAGAUGUUUUUUAACAGUCGUGUUCAGGGCAAAUGACAAAUGGCAAACAUGAGUUUGUACCAUGCAGGGUGCAAAGAAAAUCAUUUUUACAGCUUGCCAUUCGGGCAAGCUGAAGCUAGCAUUUACUAGCCCAGACAUCAUUUCAACUAGCCCCCAAAACUUUUUGACUAGCAGAAUUGAUUUCACAGUUCUUCUGUUAUUCGAAUUCCUCAAAAAGCAUCACUUGCCCGUCGGGCAAGUUAAAAACAGAAUUCACUAGCCCAAGAGCAAACUCCACUAGCCCUGGGCCGUCGGACACUACUUUCUUUGCAUGCAGACCAUGUGACCAAGUUUUCCUUUUACCUGUCAUUUUCUGUUCCUUAUAACUACAUGGAAAUCGGUAGAUUCAUGCCAGUUCUACACCUAAGAAAAUAGAAAAAUGAGCAGACAAAAACAUUGCUUUGAGAUGUUUUUGUCUGCUCACUUCCUAUUUUGAAAAUUUCUGAACUUGAAUCUCACGUUUGCCAUUUGCCAUAAAAUUGUGUGACUCUGAAUCUCUCUUACUAUGUCAUUGCUAUGCUAAGGAUGUUUCCUAUUCUGUGAUCAUGUGAGCAGUGUCUUUCUAGUCAGUCUCAAGGGAAAGGUACAUGUACUUAUGAGGGGGUGGGGAAAUGGGACAAAAAAGGCAUGUACUUGGUGUUGUAUUAUUACUACAGUGCAACCACACGAACUGAGGCCACCCAGACAAAAUUUUGACACAAAUUUUGAAAUUAGCCAACCACGAGUCGAGAUCUAAACAAUGAAAUUGCUCAUAAUUGUACCCUUGUUCUAAAAGAUAUAAGAAAUAAGGAAUCGUGAUGAUACUUUGACAUCAUCUGGGUUGGCCAGAAUCAAAGCCAGCAGUAAAGAAAAUUUGAACAAUCUGAACUUAAGGCAACGGCUGAUCAUUUCAUGGCAAAUGGCGCUCAGCGCCCAAAGCGCCCAAAUUUUGUUGUAGUUAUGAUUAAUUGGUAACAGAACUUCCUGUCAUCCAAUUCUGUCUGUAAUCAUACUCGUGAUUAAACAAAUCAGAUUCCCGCUAUGUGGUCACCCAAUUUUGUUAAUCACUCGUAUGAUUACAGACCGAAUUGGAGUCCACUUAGUCCUAUUACCAUUAUUAAGAGACUGAUUAGAAAACCAGCUGCACUGUACAGGCAAAAGCAUUAUGAAUAAUAAAUAUUUUUAUAGCUAUUGAAACGUGUUUUUGCUAACUGAUGACCAUAUUGUACAGUACAAAAACAAUUCCAUGCGUAAAUCACUGAACAACACAACUUAGUAAAUUAUUUUUAAGUAAUUGUUGCUUCAUUAUUAUAUAAAUAAAUGAUACAUUAACAUUGUAACUGAGUAGUUAAGAAUGACAGUUUGCUUAAGGUGAUUUUAUGUUGUGUUAGAUCCAACCAAAGACUUAAAUUAAGUUGGUUAUUAGACAGUGUUCUGUCAGUAUUCCACACAACUGCCUUCUGAAUGAUUUGUAUCAUUAAUAUUUGACUAAGCCCUCUUCUGUUGGCAGUUUCAAGAAGGUAUAUUUUAGUCCAUACUAGAAAACCUUUAUGUGCUUCAAAGAACCCAUGCAUCCAGAAACAGAUCUCGUGAUCCAAAUCUUUAAUCCUUAAUAUUAAAAACGGAAGUCCGCCUAAUUUGUUCCAUGCAUUUUUUUGUAGAAGCGGUGGAAAGAAUUUGGUAAAAUGGGUUAUUUUGAGGUGGUCUAAGUUACAGACUUAGUUUGAAUAACAGUUACUACCCUGUUAGAGGAAAUUAACAUGAAUUUCAAACAUUUGCAUUAAUUUAAGUGGAAUGUUUGUAAAAGUCGUGUUAAUUUCCUUCAUUUUGAAAUGUUGCGCUCUCUUUUGUAGUAAUUUCCUUUACUUGAAAGUCGUUUUCCAUAUAUUCACUAUUCAAGCACGCAAAUUCAAACUUUAUUUUAAUAUUUUAUUUGAAAGGCAUUUUAAUUUAAGUCUGUAUGAAAGGUCUGAACUGAUAGUGUGAUAUGUUGUAGUUUUUAACCAUGCAGUGUACAGUGUGAAAAUGUGUACCAAAAUGUAACGACAUUAUGACAAAUCAUUUUAUAAUAUUAUAUUGUGGGACUAAUUUUAUGAAGUAAAUUAUACUACUAAUAGUGCUGGGAAGUGCAGGUAAUCAGGUUGACUGGCAAUGUAAAGCUUAAAAAUUAGCAUGUAUAAUUUUUUAUGCAUAUGUCAGUGCUUCGAUUUGAAAUUUCUAAACUUUGUAACAAAAUGAAGACAACACACAAUAAAACUGAUAUUUUAAGUUUAUCAAGAAAUGAGAUAAUUUUAG